AUGGAGGAUGAAGCUCGCUUGUACCGACUAAAUGGUAUUGCUCAUGUGGCUGGAUCUAUUGAUGAUGAGCCCACUAGGGUUAUUAGUGGCGUGAGGAGGCAACAGAAUAUGCCUUUACACGAGCGGAUCAUACCGUACCUGGAGACCGUCGGGUUGUAUCAUUUGGCUAGGCUGAACAGUCACUGGUUCUGGGUUGACGAGCCUCUACUCAGCGCAUUUAUUGAGCGGUGGCGUCCUGAAACGCACACCUUCCACAUGCCAUUUGGUGAGUGCACUAUCAUGUUGCAAGAUGUGGCAUAUCAGCUUGGUUUGCCUAUCGAUGGGGAGCCUGUCAGUGGGUGCCUGACUGACUUUGAGAAUCUGAUGGAACACGGUAGACCGGCGUGGGACUGGUUUCGCGAUUUGUUUGGUGAGUUACCUCCGCAGAAUAAGGUAAAGCAGAUGACAGUGUGCUACACAUGGUUCCAUGAGAGGUUCCGGGUUCUCCCAGCAGAUGCUAGCGAGGAGACCGUGCGUAUAUACGCGCGAGCUUAUAUUGUGAUGCUGUUGUCCUCCCAAUUGUUCGUGGACAAGAAUGCGAACUGGGUCCACCUUCGCUGGUUGCCUUAUUUGGCGUCGUUGGACGAGUUGGGGAGAUACAGCUGGGGUUCGGCGGCACUGGCCUGGUUGUACAGAUGUCUCUGUCGUGGGACAAACAGAAAUGUUGUUAACUUGGCCGGGCCACUGCAGCUUCUUCAGUCAUGGAUUUUUUGGAGGUUUCCCAGUUUGAGACCUGGUGGUUUUCAUGGAUUCGGGUUUUUGCUUGCAUCGAGGUGGGCUUCAUAUCUACCUAGAAACGAUGCAGUGGGUCAAAGAGUCUUGUCUGCACGCCUUAUGUUGGAUCGAUUGCGUGUCCAGGAUUUUGUGUGGGAGCCAUAUUCAUCUGCCGAGGUUGCUUCUAUUAUUCAUCCGGAGAUACUAGUUGACCAGCACCGUAGGUUAUGGACGGCCAUCACUAGCCUGAUAUAUUUUGCUGCGAUUGAGUAG